AUGCGGCUUCUAUGGAGCCUGGUGAUCCUUCAGGUGGUGUACAUCGGCACUUGUAUGGAACAGUUGGAUUUAUUGUAUGAGUGGAAACAGCUUGAUUACCAAUGGCCCAGUGAGGAGGUACGAAAUACUGCCUUGGCAUCAGGAGAAUUUAUACCUGGCAAUGGCAUGCCUAUGGGUAUAGAGAGACAUAGAGACAGGCUCUUCAUAACAGUACCCCGAUGGCGGAAUGGAGUACCAGCUAGCCUCACCUACAUCAACUUAAAUGAUAACUCAACGAAAUCACCGGCUUUGAUCCCUUACCCUAACUGGGCGGCACACGACAUGAAUAAUGGGAAACCCACGAUAGUGUCGCCGUUUAGGGUGCGCGCUGACAAAUGCAACCGUCUAUGGAUCCUCGACAAUGGAAAAAUUGGAAACCUUGAGAACGAUACCGUUAAAUACCCACCAGCUAUUCUCAUAUAUGACCUCCUAACUGACACUCUCCUCCGCAACUAUGUCUUUCCCGAUGAUCAGGUCAAAGAAGAAUCCGGUUUCGCCAAUAUCGCUGUCGAAGACGUCGACUGCGAGGACACUUACGCAUAUGCCGGUGACUUGGGAAAACCAGGGAUAGUCGUAUACUCUUGGAAAAAGAACGAAUCCUGGAGGAUAACCCAUCACUACUUCCACCCGGACCCAUUAGCCUGCGAUUUCAGCGUUAAAGGGCACAACUUCAGCUGGACAGACGCUCUCUUUGGUUUAAGUCUCUCAGCGCCAAAUGCUGAUAACUACAGCACUCUAUACUUCCAUCCGAUGGCGAGUUACAAUGAGUUCGCCGUUUCUACGGAAUACCUCAGAAACCAGACAGUGGCAGAUGCUAACUUUAAUGCCUUCAAGCUGCUUGGAAGUAGGGGACCUAACGCCCAAUCCAGUGCGUCCUUCGUAGACCCAAAAACGGGAGUGUUGUUCUAUUCUCUUGUGAAUCUCAACGCAGUGGCGUGUUGGAGGACCACGAAUAAGGAGUACCUCAUGAAAAAUCAAGGAAGAAUUUAUAUGGACGACGAGAAAAUGAUAUACCCGACAGAUAUAAAGGUAGACUAUGAGGAGAACCUUUGGGUGUUAUCGAAUAGAAUGCCAAUAUGGAUGUAUGGGAAGCUGGACUCUAACGAUGUUAAUUUCAGAGUGUUCUCUGCGCCAGUAUUAAGUGCAAUCAGUCAUACAGCAUGCGAUAUUACGCCAAGAUCAGACAUUUUAGAUAAGUUUGUUAAUAAGAUUAAGAAUGUGACGGUUAAUAUAGCCGCUAAAGUUAAACCUAAUUCAAGUGCGAUUUCGUCGCCUAUCUCUUUACUGACGCUCACUAUCAGUUUGUUGUGCUUUAUAUCAGUUUAUUAA